AUGAGACUCACCCAGCCAGCACACAACCUGCUCAGCCUCCUGGCCUCUGGAAAGAGGAGCCUCUGGUCCAGAAUUACCAGACUCACCAACAGCUUCAUCCACCAGGCCACGGCUCCACCAGUCAGGCAGCAAGAGUUCUGCCCCCUUGGAUAUUAUGUUUAUAGUCACUGCAUGGAAUACGACAGUACCACAUGUGAUCCAUGCCCUAUAACUACCUACACAGAUGAAUACAAUGGGUGGACGUCCUGUAAGAGCUGUACACAUUGUGAUUCAAGUGCAGGUGUGAGGGUUAAGGAAGUAUGCACCCCUUACUCAGACACACUCUGUGAGCCUCUGGAGGGGCACUACUGCACUGACCCAAUCAAAGAUGGCUGCCAAAGAGCUGUGCGACACACAAAGUGCAAACCAGGGCAGUACAUCAAAAUGAAAGGUACUGCAUCCUCAGAUACUAUUUGCAAUGACUGUGGCAGUAGCACAUACUCAGACGGUUCAUUCCCAUCCUGCAUUCCACACACACA